AUGUCCCAAACACACAUCCAAAUCUUCCCCUCCCCCAAAUACGACCGAAUCCCCUCUCCCUCCGAGGCCUCGGCCUCGGCCUCACCCGCCUCCUCCUGGCGGGGAGAAUACAUCUACAGCGGGGUCUGUCUAGCCGCCGCCAGCCUUCUCGUGCUCCUCAUGUACAUCUUCGACGGCCAGCCCGAGCCGCGCUGGAACUCGAAUCUGCAGUACAGCACCGUGAUAAUCGCCAUCAUGACCUGUUUCAGACUGGCUCUAAAGGCGGUCCUCGAAUCUUGUAUUAGCCAGGGCGCUUGGAUCUGGGUUUCUGGGUUCCGGAAGGGGAGUGUGGAGGCGAAGAUCGAGGACUUCAAGAUGUUUGAUGAGGCGGCGACGGGGCUGUGGGGGAGUUUGGUUUUGAUUUGGAGGAUGCGCGGGAGGCAUCUUGCGUGCGUUGGAGCUGCUAUCAUGAUCCUUGCUCAAGGCUUCGAGACGUUUUCGUCGGGAAUGGUUGGGUUCGAUGAGUCGCCGACUCAAGUUUCUAUCCCAUCGCCUCCCAGAGCGGAAACUUACCUUGGAGUUCUUCCAGACGGAAAGGGUGGCGAUAUAUCCCUAGGUCUCUCAACCAAAGCUGCAAUUUAUGAUGGCAUUAUAGCCGAGACCAUACCCCCAGUGGCGGUAUCAUGUCCAACGCUAGACUGCACGUGGCCCCCUUUUCCUACGUUAGCAGUAUGCGGGAAAUGUAGCGAAUCCCAUUUUCAGACUGCGUGCAAUUCGCAGAAUGGAUGUGCAUACACAAUGCCCUCAGGCACCUCAGUAUCCCACCAAGAUGGUCUAGAUUCCGGGUUCAGAUUUAAAGUUGCUCCAACUAAUGGGUCAACGAACACUUUUGCUUCGGAUUCGCAACCCUACAUUUCUAUAUUCGAUAUGAUAUCCGUGCCGCAGAAAUUUUCGGAAACCAUAGUUCAAGCUCACGAAUGUGCCCUAUGGUUCUGUCUCCAGAGCUUUAACGUCACAGUAGCAAACGGCGUUCAAACCAGCAUUAUGAUAUCGAACUGGUCCACGACGCACUUCUCCAUGGAAUCCAAUAUCCAAUCCGACGAAGUCAUCUUCACAGAUACCCCGCCCAACCUCUACGUGCAUAAUCAAUCCCGCUACUCCAUCCCCGCGGACUCCAUCCAAGCCCUAAGAUCUUUCAUAAACCCCCUAAUAACAGGCAACGCAUCCGGCCCGGCCGACGCAAUCCAAUACUCCUCCGACUGGAUCGAAGCCAUAUGGAACGCAACCCCGCACCUCGACUUCUGGAUCGCUCGACUAGCUCUCAGCAUCACAAACGAAAUCCGACGAACCGGCACCCUCAACACACCCACUAUCUCAGAAAACACCAACAAGACGCUCGCGUACACCGGCACCGCAUCCACCACAACCUCGCACGUCCGCGUAAACUGGUACUGGGUGAUCUACCCCCUAACCCUAAUGAUCCUCGCCUUCUGCUACCUAGCACAAACAGUCUGGCGCACGGCGCGCGACCAAGUGUGCGCCUGGAAGGGUGACUCCCUGCCCAUGCUGUUCUGCCACGUCGAGCCGGGCGUGUACGCCCAGGUGCAGGACGGGAUGGAUGUGCCGGAGGGGCUGGUCGGUCGGGUAGGGAAGAUCGAGGUUGAGCUCGUGCGCCGGGACGAUGGGCUUUGGGUUUUCAGGGAGCCUAUUAAUCACUAA